UUGGCCUGGGCAGAACAAUUCCCAAACUAGAUGGUAAUGUUUCCCGGACAAGAUGCUUUCCACAGCCGGGACAAGUUGCGUAACUUGCAUGCUUGGCCCUGGGCCCCAAAGUGUGUCAUUCCUCGGGAUCUGCAUUACUCGGACUCUGCCCCUCUGGAACACGGUUCGUCAUUCACACUCUUACCCCCUUCUCUCUCUCUCAGCAGAGACCCCAAAGACGUGCCCAUGGCUGCCCGCUGUUGGUGCCCGCCCUUGGUGCUGAUCUCCCUGCUGCUGCUGGCCCCUCGCCCGGUCUCCAGCGUGUGCGGGACAGGCACGGCCAAUGAGUGCAAAGCUGCGACCCCGAUGCCGGGGGUGGAGAUGGUGGGCGAGGGCUUUGACGUGGUCCACAUGCGUGGGACGGGCACCUGGGUGGUGGACACCCGGUCCUGGCAGCUGCCGGAUGGGGGCUGCACACUGUGCCACAACGAUCAGCUGGGGGGCAAGCGUCAGCGGCUGCCCCAAGCCGUGAAACACUGGCAGUCGGCGAAGGACUGUCGGCGUUACCUGUCCGGCCAGACCUACGAUUCAGCGGAGGAGGUAAGCAAGUCGGUGAGUAGCGGGCUGGACAGCAGCUGGAGCUCCAACCUGGACGUGGCGCACACGGAUAUGGCUGCCGUGGUCUUUGCUGCCGGCUCGCUCUCCCAGCAGGCCGAAUUUGCCCGGCAGAAAGCCUCCAGCGACCGCUACAGUUUCAGCCGCCUGUCCUUCAGCUGCGGCCUGUACAAGGCACGGCUGGGGCACCAGCCACCGCUGCAUCCGCACCUGCAGAAGCGUCUGCGCAACCUGCCCAGUACCGGUGGCACCAGCGAAGCCGACGCCCUCUACAGCAGCUUUCUGUGCACCUUUGGCACCCACUAUGUGGCAGCCGUAGACCUGGGCGGCUCCUACACUGACCUCACCGCCCUCCGCACCUGCAAGAUCGCCCUCAACGGGCAAACCCUGGAGGUGGUGAAAGACUGCCUGGAGGCGGAGGUGCUGACGAAGAUGACGGGCAAGGUGGACUCUGGCACCAAGGGGCAACACUGCAGCCAAUACCGCAGCAAGAUGGAGGACAAGCUGACCUUCCACCAGACCUACAGCGAACGCCUCACGGAGGUGACGGGCGGCAGCCCAGGCAGCAUGGACAACCUCUUCAACCCCUCUUCCUCCUCUGACUCCUUCUACCUCUCCUCCAGAGACUCCUUACCUUCCUGCAACGUCGACUUUACCUCCGAUAACUCUUCUGACUCACACUCCCCCUCCAACUCCAACCAUUUCUCCAUCCUCUCCUCCUCCAACUCCCUCCCCUCCUCCAACAACUCCCUACCUUUCUCCGACUCCUUCUUCGACUCCUCUUCCCCCGGCGGCUCUUCGGCCUACACCUCCUGGCUGUCCUCGCUGCCCGCGCACCCUGGGGUGCUGCACCGCAAACUGGAGCCGCUCCACCUGCUCCUGCCCUCCAACGACCCGCGGCGGGGCCUGCUGAAGGCGGCCAUCAGCCGCCACCUCCUGCAGGCGGGAGAGAAGGCGAUGAUGAAUCAAUGCCGCGGGGUCGGGACCGAGCCGUGCCCGGCGGGCGGCAAACCUGACCCGAGUAGGCCCGGCAGCUGCCGUUGCCAGGGGCAACGGUGGGUGAGAGCCGCCUCCAGGCCCCGCCGGCGGAGCUGGGGGUCGCUGCAGGUGGAGGUCCAGCGGGCUCACGCGUUGCCGGGCGACUGGUUUUCGGAGGCCGACGCCUAUGUGCGCCUGAGCGUGGAGCCGGCGGGAAACAGCGCGACCACCCGCGUCGUGUGGAACAACAACAACCCCGUGUGGAACGAAACCCUGGACCUGCACCAGGUGGAUCUGGUGAGUCUGGCCGCCAGUGACACUGUGCUCACCGUCGAGGUGUGGGACAGCGGUAGCUUCUGGGCCGACGCGCUGCUCGGCUCGUGCCAGGUGCACCUGUCCUCCGGCCAUCGCGAUCACGUGUGUAGCCUGAAGCACGGUAGCCUCACCUACUCGCUCACCCUCACCUGUGGCCCACACCUGGGCGGCGACCUGUGCCAGGAGUACAUGCCUGGUAGAUGAGGCCCGGGCCCCUCCCUCCCUCCUCGCUCUCCCCCCGCAUCCCCUCACUCCUCACCCCUCUUCACCCCCUCCCACACCCUCCACUCACCUGCAGCCCGCAUCUGGACGGUGACCUGUGCCAU